CCAGUCAUCUGUGAAAACAUUGCGUAAUGGGAGUGUUAUUGAAUUUAUUUAAUGUAGACAGCGUUGGUAAUCAUGCUAUUUAUAAUUGGCGGAUGGAUUUAAGAUGAACCUAUGCAUUAUUUUAAGCCGUCGAUUUCCAAACGUAUAGUAUAGAUUACUGACAACGUUAACUUCGUUGUAUGUCAAAGCAUAGUUUCAAAUUUAUCGUAAGAGGGGCGUCUGCUCGUAUAGGAGUAUGGAAAAUUCGUUUAUUUAGUUCUAAUAUAACAUCACCUUUACCAGAGAUGGAUGAAAAGAGUCACCCGAAAAGUAUUAAAUUACCUGAUACGGUGGAAGUGUUCGGUAAUUUGAAGAACGCCAAGAGAUUCGCAAUUGAUAUAGGUGGUUCUCUGACUAAAAUAGCGUAUUAUUCUACUGUGCCCCACAGAAGAGUGAUAUAUGAGGUGGAAAGAGAUGAUGGCACUUCACAGUCCUCUGAGGAGCAUCGAUUAUAUGAGGUAUCGGAAGGAGCUAGAUUGCACUUCAUUAAAUUUGAAACAAAAUACAUUGAAAAUUGUUUGAAUUUUAUUGAAGCUAAUUUGGUUAAUAGCAGAGAAAAUAUGGUCGGAAAAACCAUAAAAGCUACUGGUGGAGGAGCUUAUAAGUACACAGAACUUCUUCAACAAAAACUGGGUCUUUCAGUUGACAAAGAGGAUGAGAUGAGCUGCUUGAUCAAGGGGUGCAAUUUCUUACUGAAGAACAUUACAGAUGAAGCAUUUGAAUACCACCGCCAUGGCAAUCCUGAGUACAAGUUUCAAAAUGCGGACCCAAAUAUCUUUCCAUAUCUCUUGGUUAAUAUUGGCUCAGGAGUUAGCAUCAUGAAAGUGGAGUCUGACAAUUCUUAUGAGAGGAUUGGAGGCACGGCAACGGGAGGAGGAACAUUCUGGGGCCUUGGAUCUCUCCUAACAAAGGCUAAGGGCUUUGAUGAGUUAUUGGAACUUGCAGAAAAAGGUGAUCACCGUAACGUUGACAUGUUGGUGCGUGAUAUAUAUGGUGGGGAUUAUAAAAUGUUGGGGUUGCCUGCCGACUUAAUAGCGUCUUCAUUUGGGAAGGCCAUGCAUGUCAGUAAGGAUCGAAAUUUAAAUGCAGCAACACAGUUUUCAGAGGCAGACUUGGCCCGUAGCUUGCUGUUUACCAUCAGUAAUGACAUCGGCCAGAUUGCUUGCCUCUACGCUUUGAUGCAUGGCCUUAAUAAGGUGUAUUUUGGAGGGUAUUUUCUCCGAAACCAUCCAUUGAGUAUGCAUACAGUAUCAUAUUCAAUUAAUUAUUGGAGUAAGGGAAAAGUUCAGGCACUCUUUCUUCGCCAUGAAGGUUACCUUGGAGCCAUUGGUGCAUUUCUCAAAGGAGCAGAAGAAUAUGAUGCAGAUAAAUACUCGUGGCUGGAGAACUAUGCAGGGAGCUCUGGCCUCCGAAGCCCUGUACCAACACAAGUAUUAUCUGCCCAUGGUGUCGCAGUUGAUCAACUUGAAAUUGACAGAUGGGAGUCAGCUGUCACCUAUUGCCCACUACUGGCAGACCCUGCAGCUUACAUACCAGACACUGUUGAUUUGACCAAGGAUACAGAAGCAAGGAACUACUGGCUGCUGUUUGAAGAAUCAAUAGAUAAAUUUGUACUACGUGCUGUUGAAAGCCAGCCUGAUAGUGACACAGCUAAGGAUAGGGCACAAAAGUUCAAGGAAAAAUAUCUUUCUCGACUUCAAUAUCUGAAGGAACAGCCCUUUGCUUAUGGGAAUUUAACUGUGAGGAGUCUGUUGGAUACUAUUGAGCAUUAUAUGAAAGAGUUCGAUUUUCCUGAUCCCUACUUACUUCAAAAACAAGUGGAGAAUGAAAGAGCAUUAGCACUUUUGCCCCAUCAUUUAAAAUAUGUGGACAGUUUGCCAUGGGCCGAACGACAAGAAAAGCUUGUGACUGCUGUUCUAGCUGGAAACAUGUUUGACUGGGGAGCUAGAGAAGUAGCUGAACUUAUGGAAAAUUCAGAGUUUGGCUUCAGUGAGGCACUUGGAAAGAUCCAAGCACGGCCAUGGUUGAUUGACUGUUUGGACAACUGGCUGGAAAGGCUGAAUGGUCCUCCCCACAAGUGUGCAGCCAUAUUUGUUGAUAAUAGUGGUAUUGAUAUCAUUCUUGGAAUAUUGCCAUUUGCCAGAGAGUUGUUAAGAAGGGGUACGAAGGUAAUUUUGUGUGCUAAUUCUAUGCCUGCACUGAAUGAUGUUACGUAUGCAGAACUCCAGGUUGUUCUUAAACAAGCAGCUGCAGUGUGUGAGGUUAUUCACUGUGGCAUUAUAGAGAAUUGCUUGACAGUCAUGGAGACAGCUCAGGCGGGCCCUUGCCUGGAUUUAACUCGCCUCAACCAGCAGCUGUCCAAAGCAUUAGUAGAUAAUGGAGUGGAUCUUAUUGUCAUUGAAGGAAUGGGACGUUCUGUACACACCAACCUGGAAGCAAAAUUCACUUGUGAAUGCCUCAAACUUGCCGUAAUCAAAAACCGGUGGUUGGCCGCUCGACUUGGAGGAGACAUGUAUUGUGUCAUGUGUAAAUAUGAGCAACCUCACCAGAGAAGCUAACACAUAUGGUUGUGUCAACCUAUUUGCUACUUAGUUACUGGAGUUAUAUUUGGAAUUUCACUACCAUAUUUAUGGUAUAAUUUUCUCAGUAUAUAUGGUCAACAUGUGAACUACUUGGUAUGUUAAAUCAUCCACCCUUCCCUGCCCCAGCCCUAAGUCAAGAAAAUAACAUGGUGAAAUGUGGGUUUACUGCUUAUGUUCACUUCAUUCUGAUGCUGUUUACAAAACAGAAACAAACAUUGCCCUAAAUUUUACUAUUUUUUUCUGUAGCUCUGAAUUUUUAUUGGUAAGGAGUAGGCUGUUUUAAAGAAAUUAUUAAAAAAUAAUUUGCUUACACACUAAAAUCAACUGUUCAACAAUCUCCAGUACAACAGUUUUACGUAACAAAAAUAUGAAAGUGUUUGCUGUUAUUAAAGAUAUUAUAAGUAUCUAUUACUUGAAGCAGAGCUUGUAUUUUCCAAAUUUUGUACACAGAAAUGUAAAAAAAGACAUAAUAAAAAG